AUGGCCAAUUUGCAAAUUGGCAAUAUGCAGGGAUUACCAACCAAACUUACCUCAUUCCUGACGACAUUGCAGGCACAAAUCAUGCAUGUGCAAAACAAAACUGACCAGUUAGAGCGACUUGCAGCAGAGAAUGCAAGAUUAACCACUGAAUUGGAUCAAGCUAGAACAACAAUUGCUAAUCUGCAGAAGCAAUUAGGAUCCCAGAGUGCAUCUGAAAAAAACUUUUCAGAAAUUUUACUUUCGAACCCAGCCGGUGCGGUAGGUGCUCCUGACAAAAACAAAGAACCAGGUCUGGAAGCCUCCACUUGGGCUAGUAAAGCCAGUGUUUCUCUUCCUGUAACUGCCCCAAAAAUGUCUGCUGUUCCAUCUGCUCGCCGUAUUGCAGCUUCUGUCCAUAUGUUUGCUCUUCCAUCUGAACCUUCUGGUUAUGAAUAUGUUUAUAUUCCACGAUCAAGACGUCUUAAGCACAAAGAAGUCCAUUCCUCUCUCUGCACUCUUGGUGUGGAUUCUUCUCGACUUUUGGACAUUAACUUCCCAGCCAGAGGUGUCAUUGGCGUCCUUGUUCAUGUCCAGUAUGCUGAUGCCUUUAAGGCCAAACUGACAACUGCUUCCGUUGAGAUUUUGGACGCAUUUGAUCCACUUGACCCUGAUAAUGUUGCUGAUCCCAAGUAUGCACCUCUGUCCACUCAUGAACUUGCCAACACUGCUGCCAUGCUUCACCAUGAUAGAUGUCUUCAGGCCCUCCAGUUCUUGCGCCCUCAUGUUGCUAUCCCAGUCGGUCACUUCUUUUGUGAGGAAGGGUGGAUCAGUGAAGAUAAAAUACCCACACGCACCACUUUUACCAAUGCCACUGCUGGCACCUAUAGGGGCUCUAUGGGUGUUUCUGUUCUCAUCUCACCUCACUGUCCUUAUGCUGUCACUCAAAUACCUAUGCCCUCAAAAUAUGCUCUGGCUGUCAAAAUUGGCUCACUCAGAAUUGUGUGCUUAUAUCUUCCACCAACUAUGCCCACUCAUGAUGUCCUACAUAUACUCUCUUCCAUUCCUUUAACACAUGAUACCAUUCUUUGUGGUGAUUUCAAUGCAAGACUUGGCUCUGUUACUGGUGACUAUGCAUCGAAUUCUUGUGGACUGGCACUAUGUUCUUGGAUAGAAGAGAGAUUUUUAUCAGUUGUAAAUGCAGAUCUUGCACCUUGCAUACCGACAUAUAUUCCUUUCCGCAACAACUAUGAAAUCAGCAGUAUUAUUGACCUCUUUAUAACUAAUAUGCCACUCAUAAAUCCUUCUCUUCAUAUUGCUACUGACUUGUCCCUUGGAUCAGAUCAUCGCCUUUUAUCACUUUCCUUUACCUAUGAUCUACAGCACUCUACCAAUAUGCCACCACCAUUACGCAAGACAUGGAACCUCUCACACCUCAAUGAACCUGAUGUCCAUGCUCUUUAUGCUCAUAUCUUUACUCAAAACUCAACCUCCCUCCUUUCCACCUUGCAAGAAAUUGUACUGAAUCCGCUACUCACCAAACCUGACAUUGAUGCUAUAACUGAUGAGUUCAAUUCACUCAUUUACAACUCACUAAAUAGCUCAAUUGGACAUCGACCCUCUCGCCCCAACCAUUGGAAAUCCUUCUGGAAUGUGGCACUACAAACAGCAGCAGAUCAUCGUAACAAAUGUUACAAAAAAUGGCGCCUAGCAAUAGGUAUUGACAAAGUUGUUUGGUGGACUAAACACAAGCAUGCACAGACUGAAUUCCGAUCCCAAGUUCAGCAAGCCAAACGCCAGUCUUGGCAUGUGUUUUGUCAGUCUAUGGAACGUGAUUUCAGCAAAGCAACGUCAAAAAUAAAACAGUUAAAACGCCGUAGACAGCCAUAA